GCUCUAUUGCGUUACUCAAUUGUUUUUGGCAGCUGCAGCAUCCUGUUGCUGCUCGUACUGGGUUUUUUGUUUUUGUUUUUUUAAUAUCAGCGCGCGGAUUUCUGUCCUCAAAUCCCAGCUUUCUGUCAUCGCUCCAGCAGAGCGUCGUGUCUUCGUGGAAGGACGGGCGGGUUCUCAUCAGCUUAGACCAUGUAGUAACACGAUGGUCAUGAAUGCGUGGCAAACGCAACACCAGCACAGCGCAGGACAGGGUUUAGGUCUGGAUGUGUAUUAAGGCGCGCUCUGAUCAUGGACAGCAAUGGAUAUAAGUAAAUGUGCAGGGAUAAUAAUAAUAGUAAUAUUAAUAAGAAGAAGAGAGAAAAACUCAAGUGGACAGCAGGGUGACUACGCCUGUGAAAUAUGCAUGCGAGAUCCCUGAGAUAAAUCGUCUGAAGAUUAUGCAGUCGCAGAAGGCGGACGUGAGAAACACGCAGGAGGAACCGAGUGCAGAUUAACGGAGCACCAGUUCACGUCUCCCUGCUGCAGACUAUACAGGCGCUGUGCACGCGUGUGUGUGUGUGUGUGUGAGAGAGAGAGAGAGACAGAGAACUGUGUGUGUGUGUGUGUGUGUGUGCAACCAAGGCAGGAGCAUGUCGAACCGAAAGCACCGGGAUAACCAGGAGAUUUGCGCACGCAAGGUCCGGGAGCUGGCGCAAACAGGCCCCAACAAACACUGCUUCGAGUGCGGCCAGCCUGGGGUCACUUACACCGACAUCACGGUCGGCUGCUUCGUUUGCACAUCAUGUUCCGGAAUGCUGAGGGGGCUCAACCCGCCCCACAGGGUCAAGUCAAUCUCCAUGACAACCUUUUCCCAACAGGAAGUAGAGUUUUUGCAAAACCAUGGCAACGAGGUUGGGAAAAGGAUGUGGCUCUGUACAUUUGACCCAAAGACUGAUGGCUCUUUUGACAGACGUGACUCACAGAAGUUUAAAGAAUUUCUUCAGGAUAAGUAUGAGAGAAAGAAAUGGCAUUUCUCAAAGAGUAAAGGCAGGAGGGAUAUAGAGCCUCCAUGGAGUACAGGAGUUCAGCCUCCUGCUCAGACUCCAUCUGGACACCCACUGAACCCUGCAGCCCGGCCUUCACGUGCUUUGUCCCAGGCUCAGUUACCAUCAUGGGAUAGAGUCCCAGCUGUGUCUCCAGCUGAUGUUCGCACAGAGGUUUUUACAGCUCGACCCACUCGAUCUCAGAGCUUUAGAGACCACACUAUUAAAGAUUCCCUGUUAAGUGGGAUGGAGCGGCAGAGACCAGGAACAAUUUCUCCAGGAAUGGGACCCCAGAGUCGCCUUCCGUCUUUCCCUGCCCUUCCACGCCCUUCAGCAAGUAGCACUUUCAAAAACAGCUUUACACUAGGUCGCACAGUAUCCUCAGGAGGUGGAGCACCAUUCAGGACUGUCCCUAAAUCUCUAAGUCUGGACUUUGGAGGUCUUGGUUCUACCCCUAGUGCACUAAGCCCUCAGGCACCACCACUUGUCUCUCAGGACAGGUAUGCUGCUGUGUCUCAACUCGACCAGGCCUUUUCUGACAACACAUCCACCACAGUUGCAUCCACAGCUCCCUCGAGUGGCCCUCCACAACACAGCACCCUGUUCGGCAACAGACUCUCUUCUAGUUCCACACCUGCAAGCUCUCCAGGUGUCCCAGAGGUCACUUCAACUGCUCAGACAUUUGCAAAUUUCCCAAACCCGUUCUGUUCUACAGCCAGCAGUUCACAGCCAACUUUAUCUCCCAGUAACCCCUUCAACAGCACAGCCAGUGGUGAUAGCAGCACGCUCGUGUCACCCUCUCCUUCAGCUGCCUUCCCUCACUCAGCCUCCUUUCCUGCACCCACCUCCCAGAAUGCUUUUCACCAUGAGCCAGCUACUAACCAAGAGACAAAUGGUUUCACGUCUUUCACUGCACUGGAGUCAUCUGCCUCCAAAGUCCAGCGGCCGAUGUCCGUCAACCCAUUUACUGGGAUGGUUUACCCCACCAGAGGAACAUCAUUGAACCCUUUCAUCUGAUCCCAUCACGGAUUUGAUGAGAGAGAGUGAGAGUGAGAGAGAGAGAGAGAGAGAGAGCAAGGCAGAGAAAGAAAGCGGGAUUAUGGGUGUGGAAGUGAAAGAGAGGCAGAAAGCUUGAUAACGUUUCCAUGCCUUCAGGAAAAUCAGAUAAGGAAGAAAAAAACAUAUGGACUGCCCAUUUUCCAGAGUUUAAGUUAACGUGCGUGUAUUAAAGAGUGUAUCCCUUUUGUUUGAGUCUGUGUUCGUAUUGGUACAUGUGAAUGUGUUAUGUGUACACCAUUUUGCAUCACACACUACAAAUCAAAAUGUUUGUGAGCAUGUGCGUCUUUGUGUUAAUUUUUUAUGUAUGUUUGUGUGUGGGUGUGUUCAUGUCAUGUCAUAUGUGUUUAAUCAAAAAGAUAUCUAAUGGUGCAAGUGGCAAUAGCAGGAAUACAUAUACACACACACACACACAAACGCACAAACACAAACACAGCUGCUUUAACCUCCUGCCCUGUACUCUUGAUAAAUCAUUGCUAGCCUUUAGCCUGCUCCAAACUGGCUUGCAUUUUAGCAAAGAUACUUGAGUAUCAAGUUAAUGUAAUUAAACGCUGAAAGGGCAGCAACUUGAGCUUCAAAUAUUAUUAUAUUAUUAAUAUGAAGUGUGCAGUUUUAUUUAGCUCUCAUUUGGCAGCCAGCUCUCCAAAUGCAUGUUAAUAGGAGAGACAGACUUAAUCAUAUGUUUGUAUAUGUAUGUGAGGCAUACACUUAUGUACGUCAUCAGCCUGCAUGCGCUUCAUGAGCAAGAAGCUGCCUGAAUGUACUGCAAUUUUGGUAAUUUCACUCAAAGUGUUAUUUGCAUUAUUCAUGUUUACGGACCAAAUAACGUCAAACUUCAUGUACUUCAUGAUAUUUUUGCAUUUGGCUCAUUUAGAAUAUCUUUGUAACAGGAAGUAUACAUAUGCAUAAAAAAAAUCUAUUCAUUUGUUUGUGUCAACGUGUAUCUAAUUGUGAAAGUUACAUUUAGGAAAUCAGUUUGAAUUAUGCUGCUUCAGGAUUUCAUGCAAUAUAUCUAUUUUUAAGAUUUGCAUUUAUAUUUUUAUCUGUGGAAAACAAAUUCAUCCCUGCGUUAUGAAUGUAACUGCACUUCUUUACAGCUUUAAAGUGGAAAUUAAAAAAAGAACGCUAUCACUUUCA